CAGACGGUUUAAUUCAAAUAUGUUUUUACUUCACACCGGUUUCUUUUGGAGAGAAAAACAAAUCAAGGGAUUUCUUUUUUCAUCCUCCAACAUUAUUAUAUCUUUCUGGUGGAAAGCGCUAAAGAAAAAAUAGUGGAAAAAAAUAAAACAACAACACAGCGGUAAGCCUAAUCAUCUAAAGCAAAAGGCCUGCUAUCUGAAAGGAAAUACUCGUGCUUCAUGCAGUGGGAAUAAUUUGUCUUUGUGUUUAGAUUUCUUUUUUUUCUACCUGUCUGUAGGCAUCAUGUUCACAGCUGCAGCUUUCGUUACGUCUCUCAUGUAAGGGGAAAAAAAAGCGACACUGACGGAUAAAGAUGAGGCCAUUAAUGAAGUUGACAUGGGUUACUCAUCCCAUUGCAAGGCAGAGUAGAAAUUCAGACUGAUGUCCAAGACUGAACCUUAAAAAUGCGUUCACAGUAGGGUUUCUGCACAGUCUGGAGAAGUAAAGAGUUUGCCUAUAUUUUUGUUUUCCAGAUGUGGAUUUAUAGAGAUGACAGACUACUCAGUAUGAAAACAUGUUUGAAUUGUCAGAUAAGACUAUAAGACUUUGCUUAUAAGCAUCCAAAUUUCAUUGCAGGGCACUCUUACUUAAUUCUUUAAAUAUGAAUAAAUACGAUGUAUUACGAUGUAUAUUUUUUCUGUUGAUUGUGAGGUUCGGUUGUGGGCAACAAAUCCAAUGGGGUAUAGAAGGAAGGGUUCACAAGUAACAGGAUUAUAUGCAAGGACCCAGCAGCGUCCUCUACUUUGGAGGCGGCAACAGACCCUAAAGGAGAGAGCGUGGCCAUGAACUACAAGCCCUCCCCACUGCAAGUCCAGAUAGAGAAACAGAGGGACCUUGCCAGGAAGGCUUCGGUGAAGAAUGGCACCGUGGGAAGUCCUGUCAAUCAGCAACCCAAGAAAAACGCCAGGACAAGGUUGGUCGUGCCAAACAAAGGUUACUCCUCUUUAGACCAGAGCCCGGAUGAGAAGCCUCUGGUUGCUCUGGACACUGAUAGUGAUGAUGACUUUGACAUGUCCAGAUACUCUUCAUCAGGAUACUCCUCAGCCGAGGUGAGAUGUCUGAGGGACCAGCAAAUUAACCAGGACCUGAACAUCCAGCUCCUGAAGGAUGGGUACCGGCUUGACGAGAUCCCAGAUGACGAGGACCUGGAUCUGAUCCCCCCUAAAGCGGUCAACCCCACCUGCAUGUGCUGCCAGGCCGCCCCUUCCACAGCCUGUCAGAUCCAGUAGCUGCCCCACUCCUCCUUCAUCCCUAAUUGUUCUUUUUUGCCAGCUGCUGAACAGAAUGGCAUCGAGGAGGAAAAAAAAAAACAGUCGACUUGAAAAACAGGCAAAGGCAAAACUAAUAGAAUGGGGGCGGAGGAAAAUGAAUAUGUACAGUACCUGUGCAUGUUCCUCCUAUGGCAGGAUCUGUGUGUCUUACGUCUGCGAUGUUGGUACAGCGGGGAUGGAUUCAACUCAUGGCUUAGACCUUACCUCGAAGAAAACAAUGCUACUUUUGCUUCUCCUUUGUUCGAGUUGUAGCUCUUGGGGAGUUUUUGUUUUUUGCAUAAAAUGAUUGUGCAACGUUGCAGAAGAGGAGAAGCGACAAGAAGGGACAAGAAAGAAUCGGCCAAAUUGCUUUUUUUUUGUCAUUACUGUGUCAGUGGGCUGUCCAGGCACUCCACUUCCUCUCCUGGUAUAUAAUUUGCGAUCCAACGUGAUGGAGUAUAGGACAUUAGGAGUUUGAACGAGGCCAUUUUAUUUCCAAUUCUCUCAUUUCUUUCACCUGGUCUGCUUCGUCUUCCCCUGUAUGUGAGAACCAGACUCAAAAAUGAUGUGUGUGAGUUCGGUCAUGCCCAGAAAAAAAAAAAAAAAAAGCAGCGUGAAUGAAACACUAGUGCUCACUCUCUCAACACUAAGCUACCAGUCAGUCUGUUCUACUGAGAUCUUGUCCUGCUUAUAUCUGUUUUAUAUUUAGUUAUAAGAAGCAGAAAGAUGCUGCGUCCUGAUGCCAGAUGUGCAGAUAUUUAUUUUAUUCUACUGACCCGCAACCAACUCCGUGUAGUGAAGAAACAUUGUGUGCUUUGUAAAAUGGAACAUCGUCUGUCAUAUUUAGAUUCACCUGCUGCCAUUUUAGUAGAUGUAGGGGGAGAAAAGCAUCGCAGCACACGUCGUGCGUAAAUCCAUGUCACAGCAUUCUCACACACUGAAGGUGACAUCAUAAGUUGUACACAUGAAUGAGGGAAAUGAAUGAAGACAGAGGCUUAGAAUUGUAUGUUUUUAGUUUUAUUUACUGAUGCUUGAACUGUGGCCAAAUAAUAAUAGUAAUGCCCCUGGUAAAGAUGUGUUAAAAAAAAACCCAGAAAAACUAAAUUCAUCUUUCAAAUUUCUUAACCAAGGAAAUAAUCAGAGCUGACACACGUUACCACCUGAAAUGAUAUUUAUAUAAAAUAAAUGUAGCUGAAGAAUUUCCUAAUAUAUACAUAUAUUUUAAGUUAAACACUUUCUAGGAAUGUUUCAUUGCUAAUCCCCGACUUUAGGUUUCUUUGACGUGUGAAUAUGAUCCAUCCCUUACACUUACUUGUUUGCAGCGGGGCUGGAGCUUUUCUAGUGGUUAAUUGGGAGGUGGUACAAUGGCGCAAAACCCAUCCAUGCACACACACACAUGCACCCACAGAGUCCUGAUCUUUACCAGGGAUGCCAAUACUUGUGUAGGAUGCAACUUAUGGACAAAAGGCUGUACCUGUAGCACCAGAAACAGUUGUCAUUUCAUACUUCAUGCCAUUCUUCUUAAUUUUUCUUUAGAAUUAAUGUACACUUUUUACUUAAUAUUUGAACCACUCACACACCUCUAAGUCUUAGACUGAACAAUCUCCCUGUUAUUACACCUUUGAAAAUAAUGAUCCUCAUGUCUCGGUCAUAUUGAAAAAAAAAAAAAGUAGAUGUAAACAAACCAGAGUACGUGUCAACACUGCAGUGCAACCAUUUAUUUUAUUAUUAUUAUUUGUUUACACCUUCUUUAGUUAUUCCAGUUGGUAUGUUUUAGGUUGAACUCCAGAUUGGCCCAAAUUAAUCCCAUCAUUUUUAGGGUGUUUACACUUUAAUACAAAAAAAGUCUAUGAAGCAGCAGGAACAAAAGCAACAGGCUUGUCGUUGACUCACUGAAUGGAGAUGGUGUGUACUGUACAAAUACAAAUACAUUAAGUUAUGGUACUGUAUAGUGUAAAAAUAGAGAAAACUGUAUUUUGUUUCUUAAUCCAUCAUUUUUUUUAUUUGCAGAUCUUUUUUUGAGUUAGCCAUCCUAACGACAUUAUCAGGUGUUACGGGUAGAGAUAAUCUAAAGGACUGUUAGCUACUAAUAAAAGAUGACAGGAGAGACAAAUUGUUUCUUUGACAAUGGCGCCUCCUCUGGUUAAAAUUUUUUAAAAAGCCUUAAAAUUAUUUUGUUUUUAUUGCGAGAGCAUAUUCUCCCACAGAAAAUUACUGCAGUGCUUCUUUUAAAAGCCUCAUAGUUUUCUUUUAGUGAAGCACAUUAUAUCUGCAUUACCAUCGCUAUUAGCUGAUGUGUUAUCAUUUAGCAUAUUACCAUUUGCUUGAUUAGAUAACAAGGAUGCAGCGCAGGACUGGAAAGAUUGGGGAAAUAUAUUGCGUAUCAGUGAAUAUCAGUUAUUGAUCUUAACAGCAAUCGGUCAUAUCAGUGCAACCACAAUUUGUUUUACCUUCUUUCUGCUCCCUGGACGUUGUGACAAGGUACACUUGCUUUCUUGUACAGGCUUUUUGACUUUAGUUUUCCUUUUUAUUUCUUUUUUCAAAGCUUCAAUAACUGUUCUGACUGGAGAAGCUAUGUUCUUGUAAUUUCCUGACUUGUGUCGAUUAACACGCAUUUGUCUUUCUGAAAUUACGAGGUUUUUUAUGUUUCCAGUUUAAUGAGGGAAACGGCCGCCUGCUACACAUUUUAUACAGCAGGGUAACAGGACGUUCAUUCAUUACUAACAAAAGUUACAAGACAACUGAUUAACUGAAGAACGCAAAGUGUGCAUUAAGUACUUCUCAUCAUGCAGUGCUUUUCCCCACUGAAUAAAAGUUUUCAAAUUAAAAAUGGUACACUAAGGACGCUUUUAGUUGGAAAUUUUACUUCUGCUAUGAAAGAUGAGUCGAUUUUGAGGCUUUUUACUAAUGAAAAGGAGAGGAGUGCUUUAUGGUACUUUUCCAUCUCGAUCGUCGUUUCACUGGAUGUGCAUACAUGUCAUAAUUGGCGUCCCCUGAAUGCUCAAAGCUAGUCCUGUGCUGGUUCAGGCACAGCUUCACUUACUCAUCUAGUCCAGAAUAAUAAGUUGUGUGGGUUUUUCCUCCUUUAUUUUCACUUGUGGGAAUUAUUUUCUAUAGAAACAGGCUCUUUUUCAUCUGUCAGAUACUUGUCAUGACAUGAUUGUGAACUGGCUCCAUUUAGAUUUGAACAGUAUUACAGUUCUGUGUAUAGUGCAACAUAUCAAAAAUAAAUAAUGGAUAUCUCAA